CCAUCAUUCACCAUAAAUCCAGCAGGAUCUCCAGUCGUGGGCCCACCAACACUGCAGCAGCCACAACUGAUGACAGAUGGAGGCAGAGCACCGGCAUACGUGCCACAGCCUUUCUGCUCAUACGAGUACGAGUGGCAGCGACACGAUAUGCCCAGGCUGUUUGGGUCCCAGUUCUGCCAGCCACCGUCGGUACCUGAUGGUCCCCAGGACAGCCUCGCAUUCCAGAUGAGAUGGGAUAUGAUGCACUCCCAGCAGCAGCAGUACCUGUCAGGCAACAGCUCACAGUCAUUGUCCGUACCGACUACAAGUGUUACAAGUUCUGCAGUUACUGUCGCUCCUGACAGUAGUGGUAGAGGCGGUGCUGUACGAAAGACCGUCUCAUCCUUCCCCCCUGAUGACACCCCUUUCAGGAAUGGCAGACAGAAUGCUUACCGGAUCAUGCCGCAGAUGGUCUGUGAAAGUAAUACAUAUGACAGUGUGAGCCAGACCCGUCCGCAGAUUGGCGUGCCACAGUUGACGCCCGUCACGGCUGGUCAGUGCAGAGGCGAAGCAGUUCUUCUCCCCCGACACAUCGAGAAGCUGCAGUCUCAGUACCCUGGCAUCACAAUAUGUGCAGCCGAGUCAAAACGUUCUCCUCCUCCAACUCCCGCAGUUACGGCGACGGUCGCCUCGCCGGACGGCUCCCCCGAGUCGGCACGCAUGUGUCCCGUCUGUGGUGUGUCCUUCGACAGCGACUCUACCUUGCGGCGGCACGUCAUCGUCUCCCACUCUGGCGGCACAUACUUAGAGUGCGAGCUAUGUGGGGCAGUGCUCCCCGGCCUCACGACAUACAGAGCCCACCUCACGGAGCACAGUGCUGGAGCCGAUGCCGGCAAACGGCACUCUUGCGACGAGUGCCCCAAGAAGUUCACUAACAGAGCACACCUGGCCCGCCACAAAUUGUUGCACUCUGGAGAGCGGCCAUACAUCUGUCAUGUCUGCAGCAAGGGCUUCAUUCGCAAAGACCACAUGCUCAAGCACACCAAGGUGCACGACUGCUGUUGUGCCUCCUGCAUCCCAAAUGCCGUGUACAAUUCCGCGUGA